AUGGAUACACCGUAUCAUCCUCAAACAAGUGGCCAAGUGAAGAUCACUAAUCGGGAAAUCAAAGGAAUCUUGGAGAAGACAAUGUCUCGUUCAAGAAAAGAUUGGUCUAUAAAGCUAGAUGGUGUUCUUUGGGCAUAUCGGAUAGCUUAUAAGAACCCUAUAGGUAUGGUGCCAUUUAGGUUGGUCUAUGGAAAAUCAUGUCAUUUACCAGUUCAAGUGGAACAUAAGGCACAUUGGGCUAUCAAGACCAUUCAUUUAGAUUUGAAAGAAGCAGGGGAACAGAGAAAGCUUCAACCAAAUGAACUCGAUGAAUUGAGGUUGGAUGCAUAUGAGAAUGCCAAGAUUUACAAAGAAAGAACAAAGAAUAAAUGA